GAGGUUUAAUAAUUCAGAGUGAAAUCCGAGUAGGUCUGGGUUACGUAUUAUAUACAUUAAGUUUCUUUUGUCGAAAUAUUUGCAUAGACGACCUCGAGCGCACGAUAAAAAGAAAAAGAGCCGCAGUGUGUGUCGAGCUGCAGCGGUUUCAGUUAUGUGUAUACGCUAUUUGCGAUCCGCGUAUUUGACAAAUAGAAAAAUAUUGACCACCGCGUGGGUGGAAUUGCACGACAAGUAGUAAAAGCUCUCGAUCCUUGCGCCGUAGCGGAAAGAAAAUUUUUUUUCGCGCGUAUGGGUCGUUGCACCUGUGAUAAAGAAAAAAGAAGAAGAAGAAAAAGAAUAGGAAGAAAAUAGGAAAAGCGAUGAAACGGAGAGAUAUAACGUGGAGUGUGUCAUAAGCCGCGGCGGACACGUGUGUGCCUAAAGCUGUAUUAAAAGCUUAACCCGCCGCGAGUCACAUAACGAGGCAGAUUUAAUCUUUUGAUCGAUGCGCCCUUACUACUACCACUGCUGUGUGUGUGUGUCGUCACACACGAUGAAACAUCCACUACCAUUGCAACGGUCGUUCGGACACGAGCGAGCGAGUAAGCGUACGUGUGUGUAGAGACAGACAGACAGAGAGAGAGAAAAAGUCCGACGUCGCGUGUACAUACACACAUACAUACGUACAUACGUACGUAACAAUACACACAACCCCUCGCUGUACUACCGCUUCGCUCUCCCGGUCGCCUUCUGCGGUCAGUUCGAUCAGUCAGUCACUGGGCCAUCCUGUGCAGAGUAAGCCAUAGCAUGAGCAACGUAACGAGCGUCGUCGUCGAUCGUCCGACCACCGCUGCGGCCGCCGUCGUUGCAGCGACUCGCGAUCGUUACGUUAACAACAAUAAUAACGACAAUAAUAAUAGCCCCGAAGACGAGGACGACGACGAGGAUGACGAGGAUGACGAUGAAGAUCGGUCCGCUACGGCCGCCGCAGCUGCGGAAGCUGCAGCCGGAGACGACGCCAGUUACAGAAACGGGGAUUCACAAUCGGCGCUGGCCGUCAACGUCAACGACAGCGCGAGCAAGAGGAAGCUGGUCGACGUGAAAUCGAAAAAAUCCUUCUUCAAGAAGCAUCGCAGAAAAUUGUCGCUGCUCUUCAUCGCGUUUCUGAUCGGCGCGCUGACGAUUGCCUGCCUGACGCUCGGCGCCAUGUAUGCCAAGUUUAGCAAGCCUAUGGAUUUGUGCGACAAUGAGGAAUGCAUGCGAAUAGCUUCGAGUUUGAAGGAGACCAUGGACCCGUCCGUAAAUCCGUGCGACGAUUUUUACAAAUACGUGUGCGGUAGAUGGCCGGAGGUGCAUCCCUCGCUCGAUCUCAGCCAGGAGCACAGCUGGUUCAAGGAGCGAAGCGUGCGUCUGUCGCGGCGCAUACUCGACCUCAUGGUGCAGAACUUCACCGAGCUCAAGUCGGACGUGCCCUGGCCCGUGCACGAGGCCCAGCUGCUGUUCGCCAGCUGCCUCGACGUCCAGGCCCAGUACAAACUCGGCCUCGAGCCUCUCUUCGAUUUGUUGGCCGAGCUGAAGCUACCACGGGUGCCUGCCGCGAUCAAGCCGAGGCAAAAAAGUGACGGAGACGACGACGACAAUGACGACUUCGUCAAGCAGAUGGCACGGGUCAAGAAGAUGCUCUGGUCCGACGCGUUCUUCGGCCUGCAGGUCUACGCGGAUCCGCGCGACAACCGGCAGAAGUUACUGGCGUUCGAUUUGCCGGAUCGCGACACGCCCUUCCCGAGCGACAAGAUCCUGGAGAAGAGGCUGAGGCAGGUGCGCGAGCGGGCGCGCCGCCACUUCUUGAUCAGCGACGACGACGAGCAGCAGGUCGACCAAGGCGAAAAGGCCGAGGACGACAAGACUCGAGCCCGAGGCAAGAGCGGCAACGAGGCCUUCUCCGCGUCGGAGAAGCUGUACAUGGCCGAGGUGCUCAAGCAGAUCAUCAGCAACGGGACGAGCGAGUCGGCCACCUGCAAGACCCGCCACGAAUUCGACAUCGUGCCCGAGGCCGAGAUUACCGAUCUCGUGGAUCGGGUCUUCAAUCUCAGCGGUGUAUUUUACAAACUGUACACUAAAUACACGAACUCGUCGUCGUCUUCGAGCGACUUCAGUGAGGAGCCAGAGGAGGUCGAUGACGAGGACUACAUGCUGCUGGACGAGCUCCAGCGGAAGACCGACGAGUACGUGAGAUCCGUCAACGAGUCGAUCGUGCCGAGGCCACUGUGGCGACCCUUCGUCGAGGAGCUGCUCCAAGGGCUGGAGAUCGACUUCGAUCCGGCCCAGCAGAAAGUCUACGUCGGAGAUCUCGAGUUUCUCCAAGAGAUCGCGCUCGUGCUGUCGUCGACGGACGAGCAGAUCUUGGAGACGGCAGUCUGGUGGCUGGUCGUCGACUACUGCGUGCCCCACACGUCCGAGGAGCUGCGCAAGAUCUGGAACCUCUACGUGAACGACGUGACGGGCCUGGGCCAGGACCAUCGAGGCUGGUCGGUCUACUGCACGGACACGGUCAACGAGCUGAUGGGCAUGGCCGUGGCCUGGCUCGUCGUAGAGCCCGCCUUCGCGCGGGACGGCUCGCGCGACAGAGUCGCCGAGAUGCUCGACAACAUCAAGCGGGCCUUCAUAGACUUCGUCGUGGAGGACAUCGAGUGGAUGGACGGGCCCACGAAGGUGGCGACCCUCGAGAAAAAUCGCAGGAUGAAGUCGCUCAUCGGCUUUCCCGAUUGGCUCUUCGAGGAUGGACGGCUGGACGAGUAUUACGACGGGAUCAAUAUUACGGAGGAUGCCUAUUUCAACAAUAUGCUGCAGAUAAUACGCGUCAGGAACAUAAACGGAUUGAUGGAUUUGGCGGAAAACGGCACCGAUGACGACGACGACGACGACGAAGCUGGCUGGCCCCUGGACCCGACCGACGUCAAUGCCGUGCACACGUUUCAAGAGAAUCAAAUAGCAAUUCCCUCCGGAAUCCUGCAGUUUCCCUUUUACGGACUGGGCCUCGAAGCCCUGAAUUAUGGAGCUAUCGGCAGUAUACUGGGUCACGAGCUGACGCACGGCUUCGACAAUUCGGGCCGGCGUUUCGACAGCUCCGGCAAUCUCAAGCAGUGGUGGAGCAACGAGACGAUCGCCCGAUACACGGACAGGGCGGCCUGCUUCGUCGAGCAGUACGACAAGUACUACCUACCCGAGGUCGACGAAUACAUCGACGGUGAACUCACGCUUGGUGAAAACAUAGCCGACAACGGUGGCCUGCGAGAGGCCUACAAGGCCUAUCAGUUGUGGAAGUCCAAGCACGGCGACGAGCCGCUCCUACCCGGCUUCAGCAAUUUCACUCACGAGCAGUUGCUCUUCAUGAGUUACGCGCACAUGUGGUGCGAGUCCUAUACCAGCUACGCACUGCUCUGGAUGCUACAAGACAGCCACUGUCCCGGCCACGUGAGGCUGCAGCAGGCGCUGCGCAAUUCCGAGCACUUCAGUCGGGCCUUCAGCUGUCCCGUGGGCUCGUCGAUGAAUCCGAAAAAAAAGUGCCAGCUCUGGUAGCGACGGCGACGGUGAGACGACGAUGAUGACUCUGUACGAGGCCAAGAUCGAGGAAUUCGACGAGUGCCACAAGUGCUUGUACAUUAUCUUGUAUAUUUUAUAAAUAAGAUGAACGAAAAAACAAUCAUGUAUAUUCAGGACUCGAUGGUGUGAAAGUUGAGUGCGAAGAUGUAGGGAGGGGUGGAUAAUAUUUUUUUGAAAUACAACGAGCGAUUGAUCAUGAA